GGCAAAGUUUUAUGAUUUAUAAGGAAAUUUCAGAAACCUAUUUCCUGGUUUGAACCAAAUUCUGCAAACCGAUUAAGCGCCGUGUCCCAAACAAGCAUCUCUCCAUCCAAAAUACACCUGAGGGAGUUGAAUUCAUAUCAGAGUUAAAAAUGAAUGACCAAGUUGUAUUGGGAAAUUUUCUACACAGAGGAUCAACAGAAGGAGCAAGAAGAUCCGAUAAUAACUCAGUAUGUUCAUGUUCAUCUAUAACUAGCUAACCACAGCCGAAUAGGACCAACAAACUAUUGACUGUGUAUCACUAUGAUCAUUUGCAAGAUUUCAUCUAUGUCAUUAUGAUGAACAACUAAGCCCUGAGAUGGAUGUUUCUUCUUUCUUGCAGAGUCUGGUCCUGGUUCUAAUUAAUGCUCAAAUACCAGAAAAGAAAGAAGAUAGGAAUCUCUACUACUGGAUGGCGCUCCUAAUGGAUCACUACGACAUGGCUCACCGUGGGCGUUUGAUACGGGAUGAACAAAUGGAUCUUGGAUCCUUCAAACUUCGGUCUCACGGUGCCUCCUCAGGCGCCAUGUCUUACGAUGAGCCGUACACACCGUUCAUCUUGAGGACAGGGCUCCUUCCGUUCAUCCAUAUGGUGACCCGGUCGACACCUUGGAUGAACGCUUGUGCAAUCACCGCGCUUGUCGACCGGUGGAGGCCUGAGACCCACACUUUUCACCUCUGGACCGGUGAGAUGACUGUGACUCUUCAGGACGUGUCCAUAAUCCUGGCACUCCCCAUCGGCGGGGAACCAGUAUGUAUCAAUACGGCCUUUUCGAGAUGGCGCCAGCAGAUGGCGAAUCUUAUUGGUAGGGCACCGGAGGCCCCUGAGGACCCCGCUAACGACAGAGUGCCAGCGGGCGCAACAUACACUUGGAUAGUUGAGAACUUCUCCGAGUGCCCCGAGGAUGCCGCCAUCAAGGUGGUUGAGCAGUACGCACGAGUAUACGUGUGGUAUGUCAUCACACGCACUCUGUUUGCUGACGGGGGUGGCAGGACAGCUCAAUGGCAUUGGCUGAAGGCCUUGACCGUAUGGGACUCCAAUUGGAGCUGGGGCACAGCUGCACUUGCCUAUCUUUACCGGCAGUUGGACGAUGCUUGUCGUAGGAGCAAACCAGACAGCGGCAUAGGUGGUCCACUGCUUCUACUGUCUGUUUGGAGCUGGGAACGCUUCCCCGUUGGAUGCCCGGAAACGUUGGCAUUCAACGAUUGGGACGAUCACGAAGACCCGCUGCAGAGACCCACUUGGGCUUACAAGUGGGACCGUACGAGAGAUAACUGGAACGACACUAAACUUCUGUACAAGCAGUACACGAACGAGUUCGACACUUUAACCCCUAAGCAUACAACAUCUUUAAUGCGGCUUGCUUCGCCUUCCAUGCCUUCCCAUACUUCACCCGGUAAUGGAACAGAGUAUAGACAAGCUCCAUGACCGACUUAAUGGGCAUUAUUGGAAGUGAC